UCUUCUCUUUUUUCUGGUCUUUUUUUUUUUGCAGGCACUGGGGAAAGCGGGAAGAGCACAUUCAUUAAACAGAUGCGGAUAAUUCAUGGCUCGGGCUACUCAGAAGAGGACAAAAGGGGCUUCACCAAGCUGGUGUACCAAAACAUCUUCACUGCCAUGCAGUCCAUGAUCAGGGCCAUGGAGACCCUGAAGAUCCUAUACAAGUAUGAACAGAACAAGGCCAACGCACUGCUGAUUCGGGAAGUGGAUGUAGAAAAGGUCACAACUUUUGAGCAGCCAUAUGUAAGUGCAAUUAAGACAUUGUGGAAUGACCCUGGAAUUCAAGAAUGUUAUGACAGGAGACGAGAAUAUCAGCUCUCAGACUCGGCUAAGUAUUACCUAAGUGAUGUGGAUCGUAUUGCAACCCCGGGAUAUCUACCAACCCAACAGGAUGUGCUACGGGUUAGAGUUCCUACAACCGGGAUCAUAGAAUACCCCUUUGACCUAGAGAAUAUUAUCUUCAGGAUGGUGGAUGUUGGAGGCCAAAGGUCAGAACGACGGAAGUGGAUCCAUUGCUUUGAAAAUGUGACCUCCAUCAUGUUUUUAGUAGCCCUUAGUGAAUAUGAUCAAGUUCUAGUGGAGUCGGAUAAUGAGAACCGAAUGGAAGAGAGCAAAGCCCUCUUUCGGACCAUUAUCACCUACCCCUGGUUCCAGAAUUCAUCUGUCAUCCUCUUCCUCAACAAGAAAGACUUGUUGGAAGACAAGAUCCUGUACUCCCACCUUGUUGACUAUUUUCCAGAGUUUGAUGGCCCACAGAGGGAUGCCCAGGCAGCCCGAGAGUUCAUCCUCAAGAUGUUUGUGGAUUUAAAUCCAGACAGCGACAAAAUCAUCUACUCUCACUUCACGUGUGCCACAGACACAGAAAACAUCCGUUUCGUCUUUGCUGCGGUCAAGGACACCAUCCUACAGCUCAACUUGAAGGAGUACAACCUGGUCUGACCUGCUCUGCCCCUUGCUCCUCCCUUCCAUGGGAGGCCUUGUUGUGAAGAAAAGACAAACCGGAAAAAUUUAAAAAUUACAGGAAAAAAAAUCUUAAUUUUUAAUGAUGUAAUGAUUGCAAAUUGUCUGAUCUGUGGAGUGGCAAGUUUGCUCAGUGUUAUCCUGGAAGUCUCAUGUCUCUGUCCACAGAAUAGUUGAUUUUCAUAUUUUUUAACAAAUUGCUUUUAUUUCACAGUUAAUGGGGGCCAUGCCUCAUUCUUCAGCACCUUCUUCACCCCUUAUUUUUCACCAACAGGCAAGGCGGCCUGAUCUUGGGUUUUUCUUCUGUUGCUAUGUUGUUUUUCUUUUCCCCUUUCCAUUCCCAUGGUAUAUAUAGCUAUAUAUAACUUUCCAGCCAAGAUUGUGAAUUCACUGGACUGUGGGAGCGUGGAAUGUUACUGGUCCCUUUGCCGUGUGCUGUAGGGUGCCUCCGUAAUCGCUAAUCCUGCUUGCUUUCCCUCCUCACCCCUUCCCUUCCCAAGGACACGCUCCAUGGUUCACUGUGAUGAAAUAUCGGAGAAGAACAGUUGCUCUCCAACUCUAGCAAAAAAAAAAAAAAAAAAAGGAAAAGGAAAAAACCACAAAAAAAAAAAGCCAUCACUUUUCCAUUCUUUGUACGAUUUAGUCUGGGUUACUUUUUUUCUUAUCAAUUAUAAAAGGUAUGGAGACUGUGAUUUUUUUUUUUUUAAAUUAUUGAUGUUCUAUACAUAGUUUGCUACAUAUUGCUGUAUUUUGUUCAUGGACUACAAAUGAUGGGAGCUCUUGGAGCAAUAGCUGCUGAGCCUGGGGAAGUGCCUGACUGUAUUUAAAAAAAAAAAAUAGUAGGCUCAAUUUAUGGAAGGAAAACUUUCCCUCUUGAUGAGUGUGGAGCACAAGGCAUUACCUGGGCGACUUCUCUAUGCAGCAAAGAUCAGAAGCACACGGAAUCAUCCUGUGGCAUUUAAAAUCCCAAAUUUUGGCUGAAGCAAAGAUCUUUUGAAAUCUCCUGUGCUGCCCUCUGGUUCUUGCCAACAGCAAGAGAGUCCCAUUAUCACAUUUUUUUUUUUUUUGUGCCAGCGUGUCAUGUGGAUUUGUAAGAAUGCCUUGAUCCUGCCCAGCGCUUGGGUUUUCUAGAAGAAGGACGAGAGUUGAGUGGUGCAGGUUCUGGGAUGUGGGUAGGAUUUUUACUGCUUGAAAAAAGAUUGUGAAGAUAUUUUAGGAGUAGGUGGGAAGCUUUUUCUUUUCUCUUUAUUUGUCCCCCCUUCUUCUCCCCACCCCAGUCCCUGUCUCCCUGUCUGUGCUCCACCUGAGAUGGAUGCUGCUAUGUUUCUCUUUAGAGAAGUGUAGAAUCUCUUUGGAGCACACGCACAGUUGUUUGCUCCAGAGCUGCAGGGUGCCUGAUAACUGGGUACAGAAGUCACUUCUCGAGUGUUUUGCUAAAGCAGGAUCCAGAGAAUCCUGCUGUGGAUAGACAUCUGGCUAGCAGUGGAGUAGAGAAAGUAGCUGGCUUCAUGGAUACAUGCGUAUCGGUGAUGGAGAUUUGUUUUGAAUUCUAGGCGUCAAAUUGAAUUCCACUGAGCAGAAGGGCCCAGAGCACUCAGGUUCAUUAUAGAGAGGCUGCCAGAAGCUCAGGUGAUGGAGCAAAUGUGCCAAGGCUCUGCUGCCUCUUGUAUCUGCCUGGAAGUAGAGUGCAGUGGCAAGGCAAACAGUGAGUAAGAAACAGUAGGAUCCGACUCAACUCUGGCCGUACGUGAAGUCUGGGCUACUCUUAACAAUGUGUUGCAUUGAGUCCAAACUUUCCGGCUAAACCAGAUGCCCCGUCAAUGACAUAUAGGCUGUUGGUGGCUAGAGGCUGAGAAACCCAGUCUCCCAACCUGCACUGUUGAAGAGGGUGUCAAAUAUUUUUGUCGUCUCUUUUGUAGACUUAGCACUACAUCUGUGUUUUGCACAAAACGUUAACAGGAAGCCCUAAGUGCCCCAGAUGCCUUUGACCUGUAACACUAAAUCUGGAGUUCACACUACUUGCCAGUACUCCUGCUUUUUAGGCCUCCUUCGUGUUGUUCAGAGUAGGUGAGGGAGGUCUCUGCUGUAUUUCACAGAGCACUACAAAGGAAAACAAGCUCUUGGGGUAGAUGCCUGGCGUGGCCAGAGAGCUGGUAGCAGAGUAGCAGCCUUGGGACCAACAAGUGAAAUGCCGGGGUCUGCCUGAGAGUUGAUGCUGAAGGCAGGGCAGCAACUGCUUCUAGAAUAGUUACAUUCCUGAUCCCGUAGAAUAUUUGGGAAAAGUGAAGGAAGAAUUCCCUCAUAUGGCAAACAGCUUUGCACCAAUUUUACUGUUUUGUUUUUUUUAUUAUUAUCAUUUUGUCUUUAUGCCAAAAGUAUCCUUUUUUUGUACAAGGUUUUUUCUAUGAAGAGGUUGUUACAGUCCAUCUUGGUUAGUCCAAAUGCCAUUCUUCUGGAGUGGAUGAGGGAGCAGCCCCAUUUACUUCCUUGAUCCUUGUGCAAAUGGUUUGCACAGCAACUGUGGCUGGCUGCAGAACCAGCACUAAAAAAAUUCAGGCUCUUGGAACAAGCUUUCCAGAGGGUCCUUUCCAAGGGUGAUGGUGGCACUUCCCAUUUGAAUCAGAGUUGGUUUUUUGUAGCCUCCUUUUACCUGCCAAGAGAUGUUGACCUGGCACAGAAGGACUGUCUUACCUUGUGUGGAACAGGGUGAAUUUCUCUGAAUUGUGGAAUGCUUCUUGGGCUUUAAAAAUCGGAGCGUGUACUGAACUGUAUUGGUCAGCUGCUUGACCGUAGCAUUGGCCUGGUCACCUCCUUGGCACCAUGACAGCUGGGGCAAUGACAUUAUGUAUAAUGACUAACCCACUGCGUAUUGGUGUAACCUCCUCUGACCUAGAGAAGGAACAAGUCACGCUUGCACCUCUGGAUGGUGCACAGUUGGGUAGAAGAAAAGGCAUUGGGGUUAGAAGAUGAAUGUGCUUUCCAGAAAGAGGAUGGCCUGUCUGCUCUAAGCUGAAUUCGUGAAGCAUGGCUGCAGAACUGGUCCCCUUCUCCACCUCUCUAGUGGCUAACCCCAUGACAAAUGCCUACUGUACUGAAAGUGCCAAACUUCAAACCAGACAUGCCUACAUUUAUUUCUUCUGGCAACGGGUUGGGUCAGGAUUUCCCGCAUACCAGAAGGAGGGAUUGCGGCACUCGGGACAGAAGUCGGGUGAGAUUCUCCUCCCCAGAAUCCCAACCCCACAGCCUGAGGAAACGGUCCCUUGGCCACGCUCCAUUCCCUGUGCACUUUUUUUGUUUUUCUUUUUUUGUCCUGAAGAAACAGGCAAACUCUGACUCAGUUCUGCACUUGAAAAUGGAGAGACCCAAAGUGGGGCCGAGAUCACCCUUUCAUCCUCCCAUCUGCCUGAAUCAUUCUGUAAGGAUUGGCUCUGUGGUGGGCAACCGCCCCUCCCUGCUCCAUCGUGUCGGAUAGCUCCCACCCUUUCUGCCUGUCUCCCCUUCUCCUGAAAUCGGAUUCUUUGGUCUGUUGUUGCUUCCUAGCGAUGUUGGCGUUGCCUUCAGCUACGGUUUUGUUUUAUUUCUGGGGGGGAGAGGGGGGUUAAUUUUAUUCUUUUUAUUUUUUUUUCCAUGUGUUUUAUUACUUGGUAAUUAUUUUUUAAAGAAAAAAUGUGCUUUUUUGGAGUGUGCUGACCAUCGUAUUGUACUAUACAGAACCCAGGUUGUUAGAGUCCAGCAGAGGUAAAGUCUGUACUGCAGCACCCAGUUUUUAAAAGUAUGGUUUGUGCCAAUGCCCCUUCUUUAGUAGUGCCAGAGACUCUUUACAAGUGCCAAUGUGGUGGAAAUUAUUUGGUUAUACUUGUAUAUUAUAGGAUCCUGAUUUAAGACAAUUUAAACAUUAUCCUAUUUAAAAAGAUACUAUAUAAAAUGCUGUUUUUAAACCUUGUCAUUUGAAAUGCAUGUAUUGUUGUGAGUGUCAGGGUGGGAGGGUGGAAACGGGGUGGGGGAAAGGAGUUUCUGAAUAAGCUGCCCGGUGCCCAUUCAGGCUCCAAGCCGUCUCAUUCCAGUCCAGGAGUGUGAUCGUUUCUUGGAACAGCCCACCUCUGGCUUCUGGGCACUGACCCUUAUUGCAGAAAUACCUGAUGGAAAUUGAUUUUCAUAUCUUUCUCCUGAAAUAAAUUCUCUGUUUGAAAUUGGAAUAAAUUUUGUUCCUAAAA